GAAAGAAAGAACAAAGAGAAAUAAGUCAAUUUUGGAGCUGAUCUUCAUCAACAACAAAGAAGCCAAAGCAGAGGAAUUUCAAACUUCCAUCCAUGGCGAUAAUGGGCACCGCCAAGAUAAACUGUCUUCGAUACCCAGUUCAUUUCUACUUACUCUUUUUCCUGUACCCUUUCAUCGAAGUUCUUCCAGGCUCGGCUGACGAUUCAACAUCUUCAAGUUCCAACACUGCAACCAAUGCCAGUCAUCAUAAUUCGUCCAGAAAAUCUGUUGGAAUAACCGUUGUCCUAGUAUUUCUAGGACUUCUAUCAGUCGUUGGAUUUUCUGUUUUCCUGUUCAAGUUAUGGCAAAGGAAAAGAAGGGAUGAGCAGCAAGCCCGUCUUCUGAAGCUCUUUGAAAAUGAUGAGGAUCUGGAGGUUGAACUCGGUAUUCGGGAUUAAAAUGUAUUUCAGUCCACCAUGUUGUUUAUUAACUGCUUUUAGUAUGAAUUGUGCACUGAUGACGUUCUAUUCUCGGGUACUGUGUAUUUGCCGAUUAAGAAUGUGUUACUUGAGAAAAUGUUAUUCCGUCAGAAUUGAUUAUCAAUGUGCAGGUUUGCUGUGUAAAUUGUUAACCGGGUAGUUUUGAGCUUGAUAAGUGGGGGAUGAUAUAGAUUUAUCACUUUUUUGUUCUGGAUGUUCUUAAAAUCAGCUUGCACUUUUCCUCAUUGAAGAAAAUUAAAGUUUUUGUAUUUGGCACAAGAUUUUGUUGUUUCUUUUGUACUAAUCUGUCAUCAUUCAAAAGACAUGUCCACAAUCUCACCACUUCUUUACCACAUAAUUUGCUUAUUUCAUUCUGUGGUAGAGAUUUAAACGAUUCGUGGAGCAUGUAGUUAUAGUUUAACAAUACAAUGUCUGAGCUUUUGUUCGACAUUCUUAGUAUUAUUUGGUCUUUAAGUUUCAAGCUACUGUCCUUAAGCUUGAACAAAUCAUGUUUUGUGAAUCCUGAAGGCUGAUACUUAUUUGAAGGAAAACACAUCAACUCUUUUGCUCAUUUAACCUGCAUCUAUUUUGAGUGAGAGUAGAGAUGCCACUUCUUAUAUGAGUUUCUAGCGACUAGCAUAUCUUUUCCAUUGAUUUGGCAUUUUCCUCUGGGUCAAUGAUGAUUCAUAGUUAGAAAUGAGUUGCAUUUAACCUAAGCAGAUCCAGAGGCUUUCACUAAUUUGCUGAUCACUUCAUCUUUGUUAAUCUUUGUUGAGUUGAGGCCUAAAAGGAAUCAAAUUCUCUUUUCUUUGUUAUGUGCGUCUCUACUUUUGCCUGAUUUUAUCUAAUUCUUUAUUUGCGUUAUCCAAUAUCGAGUUGGCCAGGUCAAUGGCUAAUAUGAAUCUGGGACUAACUAAUCUUUUUGAAAGGAGAUUGAAUAUUUCCUUUAAUAUGCCGUGUUUUUAGCCUUCAUGAGAAAUGUCUAUUAGAAGGAAGUACUCGUCUGGACUUCUCACUGGACUUUUGCAGUUGAGCACUUGAGCUUCUAAUUUGCCUCUAGUGACAAACUCAGUUGUUAUUAAUUGCUAUUUUGUAAUGUGCAAGCUUUUAUAGGAUUGUUUUCUUCAUUCAUGUGUAACCUUUGAGAGGAUUUUUUUUUUAAUCUUAGUUACAGUUUAUCAUUGGCGGA